CUCAGACCAUCCCAAGUCUCGCUUCUAUCGAUGACGUUCCUGGCCAUGGCGCAUUCUCGCCAUGUGGCCUUCGGCCAAGACGUGUUGCCGCAGAGGAAGCCUCCUUGCAAUCCUGGUGCUCGUCGCCGUUUUCUACUUCAUCCAACAAACCCAGCUGAGUGCUCCGCUCCUUCUGGGGCGCGAUCUCGAGCGCUCUACAGGCCAAACGACCGAACAGGUCGGAGCCACCCGAGCUGCAGUGACAACGCAAGGUCAAGGUCGUGCAAGCAACGCAUCAAACGCAUCAAAGCUAUGUGAAGGGCCAAUGUCCACCUUCAUCCGAUCUGGGGGGCGAUUACCCGUGGUGCUACUGGCGCAUGGGAGGCCCAUCGUUCUGGAACAGACUCUGAAGAGCCUCAUGGCCUUACGCGGCUUCUCGCCCGACCGUCUUCUGGUGUGUCAAGACGGUCAGGACCCGACAGUGAGUCAGCUGCUGUCCACCUUGGGCAUUGCGAGUGUGAAGCAUCAGCCUCCCCGGCGGAGCGGUGUCACUGACGCUUGGAAAGUUGCAGCCAACAGGAUUUCCGUGCACUACAAGUGGAGCAUCGAAGUGGCCUUCCUACGCUUCGAUCCUGCACCAGGCCUCAUCAUCGUGGAAGACGACUUGCUCUUUGCGCCCGACUUCUUCACCUAUUUCCAGGCCACGGCGCCGCUCGUCGACUGCGAUUCGAGCGUGUGGGUGAUCUCCGCGUGGAAUGACAACGGCUUUGAACACUUGGUGCACGAUCCCAAGCGACUGCAACGGACGGAGUUUAUGCCUGGCUUGGGUUGGCUACUGCAACGAAAGGUUUGGCAGGAACUGAAAGGUGGUUGGCCCACGGAGAUGAGUGCUGGGGCAGGUCACCUCCAAACCUUGAACUGGGAUCAUUGGAUGAGGGACCCAACUCAACAUCGAGGACGCUCGGUGCUCUUCCCCCAAGUGCCCCGGGCCUUUCACAAUGGCAGCGUGGGCACCUUCAUGGAUCCCACCAUGCACAAGCGCUACUUCGAACGGAUCUUGACGAACCAGGAGGAGGUGCUUUGGUGGAUUCCAGAGGGGGAGAGUUCACUGGAUGCCGAUGUGCUUCAAGCUCGAGAAGAUCACUACGAGGCACAGAUCGCCCUGAAGUUGAAGCACGCGCACGUGCCACAAUCGAUCCAAGAGCUGAUUCAACUGAUGCUCAGCCCAAAGAAGAAGACCGUGGCAGUUUGGAUUGACGUUGAUCCCGAGCCGUCCUCAGGCCGCAACAAGGAGGGGAAAUUUUCGGCCGUGGCGCAGUUCUUUGGGCUUUGGCACGAGGCCCAGCGAGGUGCUCAUCGUGGCAUGCAUGAGCUCUGGUGGGGAGAGACCCAGAUCUUCCUGGUGAACCUCCAUUUCAAGGCCGGUUACAUUGAAGGCGCCUAUAGCUUUGACAAUCGAUGUAGUGUGACGCCAGAGGCCUCCUUGAAGGCAAUUGCUUGCAACCCUGACGGAAAGCUACCUUGCUGCUCCAGUGGCGGCUGGUGCGGCCUCAGUCCCCAGCAUUGCACCUGCAAGCGCUGCAGGGACUUUCGCAAGAUUCUGCCGAACUAUCGGCACCUUAUGCCUCCCAAUGUGCGGCUCUUUUCCUCUGAGGACUUCACAGUGACACCCCCAGCGCGUAUUGUGUCGAAACUGCGGGCAAAAGAAGAAAGAAAGGAGCUGGCGAUCGAAGGAGAUCUGCCGUUCCAUGCGGAGGCCCUCAAGAAGUUGGUCGAGAACAUGAAGGAGGCAAAGCAGGCGGAGACACCAGCUGCAAGUGAUCCCAUCGUGCGAGACGAGUACGAGAUGGGUCGCUCUGAGAUGCAGAAGCUGAAGUUCCACGUUCCAGGCCUGCAGUGGUUCGACUACAUUCGGCUUGCCAAUAGCUUCUGGCUUCAAGAGCACCAAUUUGCCAUACAAGACGCGUGUGUCCCUGAGCCUGACUUUGAAGCGACUGAUUCCGAUUGCCAAGAAUCUGCCGAUGACAAUGAAGGGUUUUUGUUGGAAAGUGAUUCAGGGCACUUCUACGCUUCAGAUGCGGAGGAAGCCAGGCCAACGGCUGGCAGCCGCAAGAGGGCUUACACCGACCGUAGGACAGAGAAAAUUCGGAUCUUGGGCAAAACAGUGUGUUGGAAAGCUGGAGCCAGGCUGAUCGGCGUUGGGCAAACUACACUGAAUAAACUCCGGAAUGGGGAGGCCAUUUACACACAGAAGGCCAAGGUGAAAGCUCCGGUCCAUCCGGAGUUUGGGUUCGCGAUGCGUGGAGACAUCGCCGAGAAGUGGCCAUCCAUAGUGAUGUUUCUGUGGCUUGUGUACCACUCGGCAGCAGAAUGCAUGCCCACUCCCAACUCUACCCACGCCCUCAAGCCCAAGAUUCUGCAAGAGGCUGCGUUUGUGGAAGAUCGGGAGCCAGAUGAUAUCACCAGACACGUGAACACAUUUAUGAACUCCUUGGAGAAGUAUCAAUCUGACAUCAAUAUCCAUAUGAUCGGCCCAGGGACGUUUCGUGGAGAACGGCGCUACCUUCAACACAGCUCCCGGUCUGAGUUAUAUUUUGAGUAUGUGGCAUAUGCCACCUCAAUUGGAGACGACAAGCCUGCCUCUCACACUACCUUCCUCAGGGUGUAUUGGUCCAUGAGGACUCUGAGUCAGAAUUGGUUCCGUCAGCAAGCGCAUGUCGGAGAAAGGAUGUUACAGCAAUCCAUGGCCACCAAUCUUUGCACCAUCAUGGCUGACUCCAUGGACCAAGCAAAGUUCAAAUGCCCGAGGAUUCGGGAUCUGAACUCCAAACUCCUGACCAGCCUCUUCAGACCCAGACUCCAUUGCGGCGGCACUUGGUGCCAUGGCCGUUCUUUGGCCCUGGCCAUCAGCGAUGAAUGCCUUCCCAAGGAUUCGGUGAUCCAGAUGGAGCAAGUCGCCCGAGUCUUGAAUUCAGUUUAUCAAGACUUCAACGGUCUCCCAUUGGGGCUCAGCUAUCACGCUGACAACACCUACAGGGAAUCCAAGAAUCGCCGCUUCUUGGCUUUUGCAAUUCUCUUGGUGGCUUUGCGGGUCUUCCGCUUUUCAAUGGCCAGCUUUUUGCGGGCAGCGCUGAUUGCCCGGCAUACUUUCGACAAUCCGCAGAAGCUGGUGGAAAUCCUUGAUUCUGCGACCAGGCCAGCUGAGGAUGAGCAAGAGCAAGUGCGGGAACAGCGAGGUGCUCCCAGGAUAAAUUGCAUUGCCUACAAAUUGGACAAGGCUGCAGAUUGGAAGAAGUGGACUUCCAUGCUGGGGAUACGAUUGAAAGGUCUUCGCCGUGUGGGGCAGAUUCGAAUAAGCUUGCGCCGGGACAUCGAUGCUUCAAGUUAUGGACACUGUGAGGUGCAGGAAAUUAGGAAUGCUGAGCAGAGUGGGGACGACCUUAUUUUGCUCGCUAAGCGGUUCAUGGCAGAUUCUGAGCCUUUCCAAGUGGUCACACUAAUGACUGCAGAGCAAGCAGCCACUCUUCGCCGGAGUUUUGCUCAGCCUGAUGGCGACUGGAGCAGGCGGCCGAUCUCUGACAAAGUCAAACGAUCAAUCCGCACGAAAGCUCCUUUGUGUGUCCAACAGGGCGUGAUUUCUGUUGAGGCAGCUGCGUAUCUGACAAAUUGGGCUGAAGGCGCCAUGCAGUGGCUGCCGCGGCCACAGUCUUAUCAAUUUCUCACUCACCGUGCAUUUGGACAAGACCUGCCCGGCCGUAUAGUCCCAUGGGCCCCAGCCGGGAGAGAAAGGCACAUAGACUUGACCGUGCGAGAGGAUGAUGAAGCUGAUUCAGCAUCAGAUGAUGCAUACGCGCCCAUCGAAGAUGAGCAAGACAGUUGA